UUCCCGGCCUCACAGUGGCAAUGACGGAACCUGUCCUGCCACUAUGACCCUUCGCGUUGCGUUUAUAUACUCCGCGGCGAUCUCGGUGGUGCUGUUGUUGGCCCAUCGACCAGCUUACGCUGGACAUGAACAACAAGAAGAUCGUCACUACCACCUGGAAAAUGACGUAGAAAAUGUGACGACGGUCUCGGUGUAUACUAUCUCUCCGGUGCCCGCUUUACAUCAUAAUGAAACUCUCCUACAAGAAAAAGAUCCGCUUUUUCCGAAAGACCUUUUCACGAAUGAACAACGUCGAAACGGCGCAAUUAUUCUUCACAUCAUUGGUGUUGUUUACAUGUUUGUUGCUCUAGCUAUUGUCUGCGAUGAAUUUUUCGUACCAGCACUUGAUGUCAUCAUUGAAAAACUUGACAUUCAAGACGAUGUCGCUGGAGCUACCUUUAUGGCAGCUGGUGGUUCGGCGCCGGAGCUGUUUACCAGCGUUAUAGGUGUUUUCGUUUCUUUCGACGAUGUCGGUAUUGGUACUAUUGUCGGUUCGGCUGUUUUUAACAUUCUUUUUGUUAUUGGAAUGUGUGCGAUUUUUUCGAAAACCGUAUUAACGCUCACGUGGUGGCCUCUAUUCAGAGACUGUUUUUUUUAUUCGGCUAGUCUCAUUACGCUUAUUGUAUUCUUCAGAGACAGCCACAUUUAUUGGUACGAAGCGUUGGUGUUAUUCUCGUUUUAUAUAGCGUACGUCAGUUUCAUGAAAUGGAACCAACCAAUGGAAAGGCUCGUUAAAAAACUCGUAUAUAAGAAUAAAGUGACCAGGGUUAGAAGUACCGAUCAACUCAUGCCUACGCACCAAGCCGCAGCUCAAGCUCUGCAUGGUACAGUUGCAACUUCGAGUGAAACGAGCGUCGGGACGCAGCCAGGUGGUAGUGUAACUUCUCGCACAGCUUCCGAAACACCCCAAUUACAACCUUCGAUCAGCCACCAUCAGACAGGUGCGAAAUUUCGUCAUGGGCUGUUACAACUCAUGAUACACACCAUUGAUCCAAUGCACGACGGUCAGUAUGCAGGUAAAGUAGACGAAAAAGCCACCCAGCUUCAUGCCAUCGCCUCCCUCAAAGUGCUGUUAGAUGCCACCAAACCCCAAAAUGGCGCAACAACGACCUCUGCUGCCAAUCAUAUUAAUUUAGCAACAAAGCAAGAAACUAUGCUUGCUCCAUCAUCAGGCUUAACAGACAUACCAAACGGAGUAGCUAACGCUUUGACUGAUAUUAACUUGGAUGCGCGGCGCAUGUCGUCGGUGCGCGCACGCAAGUCGUUAACUUCACAAGCAGUCGUAUGUCUACAGGUCGAUGGUGUCGAAGAAGAUCCUCCCGAAGCUAUGGACAUCAGCUGGCCUUCGGGGUUUCGAAAAAGAAUUACAUAUGUGCUCUUAGCUCCAAUCGUCUUCCCAUUAUGGCUCACCCUGCCAGAUACGAGGUCGCCAAGGGGUAAAAAAUUUUUCCCCGUAACAUUUCUCGGAAGCAUUGUAUGGAUAGCAGCUUAUUCUUAUCUUAUGGUUUGGUGGGCCAAUAUGGUAGGCGAUACCGUACUAAUACCCCCGGAGGUAAUGGGAUUAACAUUUUUGGCGGCAGGUACCUCCAUUCCCGAUCUCAUUACUUCGGUUAUCGUAGCCAGAAAAGGUUUCGGUGACAUGGCUGUCUCAUCUUCAGUCGGCAGUAAUAUUUUUGAUGUUACCGUCGGAUUACCAGUGCCUUGGUUGCUGUAUGGCAUCAUUUAUGGGAAACCAGUUGAAGUAAAUUCUGUUGGAAUGGUUUGUUCCAUUACAAUCCUUUUCAUGAUGCUUAUUUUCGUGAUUAUGUCUAUAGCCUGCUUCCGAUGGAAGAUGAACAAAGGACUUGGUUUUACCAUGUUCAUGCUCUAUUUCGUUUUCGUCGCUGUAUCAUUAAUGUUCGAAUAUCAAUAUCUAGUAUGUCCUUUUUAAGAAAAAAAUACGAGAUAAUAAGGACAAAAAACUAUAAAUAUAAAAGAAAAGUUUAAUGAGAGUGAUAUAGGUCGUAUUUUAAACUAACGUCUCAAAAAAAUUACUCGUAUACAAUGAAAUCCUAAACUAUACCUCGUAAAUCAUUAAAACUCGUUCCAAAAAACCGUUCCUUAAUUAAUUAUCAAUCACGGUGAUUUGAAUCAGGCAUUUCUUCAAAUAUUCUUUAACUCUUUCGUCAUGAUCAGACAAUGUGAAGUCACAUCUUUAAAUUUGCUCCAUUAUGUUUUUCUUUUCUUUUUACUCCAAAAAUCUUACUUGUUCAUUUCACUAUUGAAUUUGGUUGAAUUAGACGUUUCCGGCUCUUCGUCUGCUAUUUCAUUUCACUCUAGUUAAUUUAGGAAGUCUCAAACCAGCGUGGAUCUUAUGAUAUUAAAGCUCAAAUCUUAAUCAUUCCUUCGAUUGCUUGAAAAGUGCUUACUCAAGCUUUCAGAGUAUUUGUUUCUGGAUUCCUACACUUUAUUUUAGCUAUAUUUGCAGUUAUGGAACCGUCUACUGCACUUUAUCCAACUCCUUCAAAGGUUCUUGUCUAACGAGUACUCCAUUUUCAGUUCCUGUCAAUACAAGAUACCCAUUCUAGUCGUAUAAAUUACCUACAAGCCCCAUUCGUGUUUUGCACCAUCGAAUCAAAACCAUAUUUUUGCCAAAAACACUUGCAUCGCUACUAGAUGGGCCAUUUUCUCAAAGUACAAUAGGACUUUCCUAUUUUCUUCUUUAUCAAUUCCAUGUUGCAGAUUUUCUGUGGUUUUCUUGUAGUCUGGUAAACUGCUACAUCAGCCGCAGUUCUUAUCUAAACGAAACUCCAAUCUUUUCAAUGAUAGUUAUUCAUGCUAUAAGAACCUUAACCCUUGCUACCACUCAAGCGCACAAUCGUAAUUGUCACCCCAUGAUGGUAAGUUGACUUAUUUCUUAUGAAAGCACAACUUUUACUAUGUAUAACUUGGAAUUAGUGCGGAUUUUGCUUCCCCCAACCAUUUUUAUGAUUAACUGAUUUCUGUAAAAUAAACGUUACCGCAUUGAAAUACAAAUAUUUGCAGGAAACAUCAGAGCCUGUAGUUCUGAAAAUAUCUCACAGGAAUUAUUGAAAUUUUGUUUAGAAACUUCAAUUUCGUAUACAAAAGUUGAUUUGAUAGAGGAUUUUUCAUUUGAACUCAUUAUUGAUUGUUAUAAUGGAUUGUAAAUACAUCUACUCUUAAUUUCACAAACAUAAUAAAAUUUUGAUUAAGUUUUCGUUAUCAAUUGGAUGAUUUCCUUAUAGUUUUUUUAUUAAUUCUGCUUGACUAGUUAUUGUUAACAUGUUAACAUCAAUACGUCAUUAACUUCUUCUUUGCCAAAUUUGCUUGAGCUAGUCCGUUCACAAAUUAUCAAUGAUCCUCUUAUCAGAACAUUUUUCUAACCUUUUUUUUUGAUUUGUUAAUGGAACUUUCUCUUUUUAAUAUUUUAAACCUUAUAAUCUUGAUAAUCAUUUCAAAUUUGUGAUGAUAAUUUUUCUUUAAUGAAAAUCUGACUUCCAUUUUCGUCAAUUUCAUUUAAGUUAAUAAUAUUUGUCAUUACCUAACUUUCAAACUAAAACUGUAACAAUUAAAUAUGAAUUAUCUCAAUCUCAAUAUUUUGGUUUCUACUUUAUAGCGUAUGCAUCUGUGGUACCUACCAUGCAUAUUCAGUUCCUGGUCUCUCCACGGUGAACGCGAGUGCAAGUAUGUGAACUCGCCUUUACUCGCGAGCUUUCGAGAGUGAAUCAAAGCACGCGAGGACGUGAAUAAAUCGAGAGUGUGGAUUGGUAGCACUUCGUUCGUUUCGGGAGCUCUUGGGAGGUUAGGUUAGAGCAGGUUGGACUGUCUUCCACAUUUGAACUCGCGUCAUUACCUAUUGACUCAGUUAUUAGACAUUGUGAACCCCUCUAAUUUAUCCACUUGCCUAUUUGCGUUGGGGUAUACUCUUUCAAACUUAAAUAUUCGAACAUUACGCGAAGAUACAAUUCAUUUUGAUAUUGAGGUGUAAUUUUCGGGCUUCUACAAAUAUAUGUUUCAACAUUUUUAGAUUUGUCAGUUUUUAGAUUGAAUCUAUACAUAUGAUACUAUGAUAAAAAAUGAUUGUUUUGAUCUAUAUAUGGGUCAGGGGCAGCACAAAGAGACCAGCCUAAAUAUUAGUUAAAUAUUUUAUAAAUAAUUGACGUUAGUUUCGUAUACGGCAUUAGAAAAGUUUUUUUAGGAGAAUAAAAUCAUAAAUAUUAUUGUUAUUACAUACAUAUGGACAGUCUAAUAACCUAUAUUUGAAAAAUUUAUUAACAAAAAUUCCGAUCAAGAAUGAAAGAAUCUUCUAAUUAAGAUUCGGAUACAAAAAUUCUUCAGAGUUUUACAUUUUUAGUGCCUCCACAGGUAAAUCAAGUUGAUUUGGUAGAGUCGAUUUAGAGUACCAAAUCAAAUUCUAUAUAAACAACAUAUUUACGAUAGGUACUGUAUAAAUUAUUAUUUUAAUAAAUACACUUGUUGUUAUACAAUGAGUUUCGAAAAGUCGAAACUAUUAUUAUUCAUAUCAGAGAAUUUCGUAUGUACACUGUUCAAAAGUAGCAAUCAGGUUAUAAAAAUUCUAAAUUUUCAGAUGGUGUACAGAAGAGGACAAAAAAAAUA